UAGAAUUAAAAUUAAAAAUAUAUUUUAAAAAAUAUUGAAUAAAAUUAAGUGUUCAGUAAUUUUUAAAAAUAUUCUUAUUUUAAAAAAUUCCUAAAAUAUUUUUUGUUGAAAAAUACUACUGAAGAGUGAAGAUUUAUCAAAUUGCCCUCGGGUAUUUGACUCGUGCGUUUGGUCGAGAUCUGAACUGAAACCGCUGCUCCGAUCUGAGGCCAUGGCUGGGUCUGGGAGUUCCAUGCUGUAUUCCUUUCUUCUCUUCACAGUCAUUCUCUCACUUCAAGAAAUGUACCGAGGGAAACUAGCAUCAUCAGAAUUAUACACUAUACUUGGAGGGUUUGUUAGCUCUAUCCUAUUUCUUGUGCUCCUAACCUUCAUUGGAAAUUUGCAGGAAACAAUUGGUGCAAGAACUGGUUGGGGAGCUGUCAUAGUUGCAGAAGCAGUUGCUCUGAUUGCUGCAAGCACUGUCCACCGAGUUUGCAUCACUACAUGUUUCCUGUUCUCGGCUGCAUUGCUGUAUGAAGUUAACAAGAUCUCUGGGUCAGCGCUUUCAACAAGUGACUCCAGGAUUAAAAAGCAAAGUGGAAGAGCUUAAGCCUUUGUAUGCUUUUACUAUAAAGGCCUCUUUAGAAAAUUUUCCCAGGAGCAUUAGUUUUAUAACUCUAGCAUCAUAACUUCUAAGAAGAGUGUUUUAAGUUUGUCUGACUUUGUACAAUUUCAAUGAUAUGAUUUGAAUUUUGAAAGAGGUGCGUCUAACGAAAAAUCAGUCAGUCAUUUUUUUUUCUCACAGGUGGCCCUCUCUGCUUAAUCAAAUAAUGCAAAAACGAGUUACGAGGGA